AUGUCGGGUGAUAGCACAGAUGUGAAGCCAGACACAGUAGCUUCGCUUCAAGAGAUGAAUUUGAAAGAGGAGACUGCUGAAGAUGCUGAUGUGGACAUGGACAAUAUACCUGUGGCCACGGUGCCAGUCAAACCAGAAUUAUCAGCCUCUGGUAUGAGCACGCCCGGCGGUCAGUCUACGCCCAGCAAGAUGAAGAGACAGUCACGGUCGCCCGUCAAGAGCGAGGGUACAGUGCCCGCCAGUUCCGUCAAGUUCGAGCAGGAGGAGACUGUCGGUGGCGAUAUCACCUUGAAGCUAGAGCCAGGCAAAGCACCGAAAUUAUCACGCAGCACUUCACACAAGGUCGAGAAGAGACCACCGCAGCUGUUCAGCGAUUACAAGGACAGUGUGGCCGAAGCUACGUCUAGCUUCACCGUCAUAUCUGAGUGUACAUAUGCCAACAAGUACUUGGGCACUACCGAGACUGCGCUGGAGUGCGACUGCGCUGAGGAGUGGGACUCAGCUAGCCGUACCAAUAAUGCCUGCGGCGAGGACUCCGACUGUAUCAACCGGGCCACGAAAAUGGAGUGCGCAGCGGACUGCGGGUGUGGAGCGGCUUGCCAAAAUCAACGCUUCAUCCGCAAACAAUUCGCAGAUGUCGCAGUCAUCAAGACAGAAAAGAAGGGCUAUGGCCUGCGUGCUAACAAGGACCUCAAGGCCAAUGACUUCAUCUUUGAGUAUAUCGGCGAGGUCAUCGGCGAGAAUGUUUUCCGCCGCCGCAUGCAACAAUAUGACGAGGAAGGCAUCAAGCACUUCUACUUCAUGUCACUUACCAAGGGCGAAUUCGUGGACGCCACCAAACGGGGCAAUCUUGGGCGAUUCUGCAAUCACUCUUGCAAUCCGAACUGUUAUGUCGACAAAUGGGUUGUUGGCGAUAAGCUGCGCAUGGGCAUUUUCGCUGAGCGUAAUGUACAGGCUGGUGAGGAGCUUGUAUUCAAUUACAACGUUGACCGAUAUGGAGCAGAGCCGCAGCCUUGCUACUGCGGCGAGCCGAACUGCACAGGGUACAUCGGCGGUAAGACACAGACUGAGCGUGCUACCAAACUAUCGAACGCCAUCAUCGAGGCCCUUGGCAUUGACGACGCCGACGCCUGGGACACAGCUGUGGCAAAGAAGCCUCGCAAGAAGAAGGCAGGCGAGGAUGACGAGGAGUAUGUCAACAACGUCGAGCCUAGGGGUCUCGACGAAGAUGGCGUUACCAAAGUCAUGUCCUCGCUCAUGCAAUGUAAGGAGAAGUGGAUUGCUGUCAAGCUGCUUACCCGCAUCCAGCGAGCAGACGAGGAGAAGGUCCGCAACCGUGUCGUGCGAAUGCACGGCUACCGCAUUCUCAAAACAGCACUCUCGAACUUUAUCGACGAUGUUAAUGUGGCGCUGCAGAUUUUGGAUAUCCUGGACAACUUGCCGCGACUCACGCGAAACAAAAUCCAGGACUCGAAAAUUGAGGAGACCGUGGCACAGCUCAAGGACAACGAGGACGAGAGAGUAACUACCCUCGCGAACAGUCUUUUGGAGACGUGGAGCAAACUCGAGGUUGGCUACCGAAUACCGCGUGUCAAGCGUGAUCCGAAUGCUGCGGCUGGCGAUCGCAAACUCGAGCGUGUCGACCGACGAGACAAUGAGAGACGGCGAUCGAAGUCAAGAUCACGCACAAAGUCACCUGAACGCAUACACGCGCCCACUGGUCCUCGUGGUGGUGGCCCCGCACGAGGUGGGUUCUAUGGUGCGCGACCACCUCCUCGGUUUCGACCUCCGCCGCCUCCGGGCUCUUUGCCACCUGGCUGGUUUGAAGCUGUGGCCAACAAUGGUAGUACCUACUAUUAUAACGCUGCCGGCACGACGACAUGGCAGAGACCUACAAUGCCCGCCACUAACGCUCCGCCCCCACCCCCACCCAAAGCCGUAUCAGAUCAGCAAAUGCUUCAAGACCUAAUUAAGAACAUCGUUUCUGCCAAACCCGAGUCUAAGGUGCUAUCUGUAGCUGCAACGCCAGCUGAGACGCCGAAGAAAGAACGCAAGGAAGACAAAUGGAAGUCAUUGCCGAUCGAGAAACAGAAGAAAAUGUACGAAGGUGCUCUUCAACCUCAUAUUAUGCACGUCGUUGGCAAGUAUAAGCACAAGCUAGCCAAGGAUGACCUGAAGCGCUGGGCCAAAGAGUUCGCGAAGAAGAUGGUAGAGUCGGACUUCAAGAAGGGCAAAGUGGAGGAUCCUAUAAAGCUCAGCGACAAGCAAGUCAAGAGCGUCAAGAAGCAUGCGCAAGAGUUCUUCGAGAAAGCAGUGAAGAAGAAGGGAGAAGCUGAUAAGCGCAAGGCUGAGAAGAAGGUUGCGAAGAAAGAGGAUGGAAGUCGCACACCUGCCGGAUCACCGCCUGGUCAAGAAGAGGCUUCACUAGACAAAGACAUGGAUGACACCAUACUUUCCGACAUUGACGACGAUGAGCCUACCGAGACUCCACCAGACGUCAAUGAUAGCCCGGCAUCUCUCAAGCGUCGAGGCGAAGAGCUUUCGAGUGGGCACGAUGAUACAGGUGCUAAGCGUCUACGCACGGAAGAUGCUGAAGCACCUCCUCCUCCUCCGCCACCGCCACCUCCUCCUGCUGAUGACUCAAUGGAUGUCAACGGCGUCGACCUUCAGCCUGGAGAAGAUGUCACCGGGUCCUUCACCCACGAGGCCAUCGCUGCCGUGCACGCUGCUACUGUCGCAGGCGCAGGCAGUGGCCACGACGAGUUCUCGUUCAAAGGUGCCGCAUCCCGACCUAGCUCCUCCCACCAGAAUACGGACUUCGCCAUGCAGCAGACCGCUACUCCGCCUACUACUGGGUCUCCUGACCAUGAUGAGAUUGAGCAGGCUCGACAGCGCGAGGCGUUCAGUGGCAUAAACCCUGAGCGUAUGCGACAGCUGGGUAUGUUUGAUGGAGCUUGA